UGUCGUUCCCGUUCCUAUCAGGGUGAUUUGAUUACAAGCAAAAACAGUGACCAGUUAUUAAUAGCACUCGAACCGGAAGCUGCUUCUCUCCAUUGCCGGAAAUGGCCUGCCAGCACGUUGCUGGGUACUUCACAACCGGAAGGAAAUAAACCGACGUUCGAACCAGGAACUAAAUAUCUUGUUAUCGAUGCUGGAGGUGGUACAAUCGACGUCGUUGCUCACAAAGUACGAAGAGAUGGACGUAUUCGAGAACUAUUCCGUGCCACGGGUGGUGCCUGGGGAGGAACCGUCAUUGACAGACAGUUUCUCAAGCUGAUGGUUCAAAUUUUUGGCGAGGCCUUCAUGAAAGAAUUCCAAAGCAAUCAUCCCAAGGAUUACGUAGAGCUACUGCAGGACUUCGAAGUGAAGAAGCGAGGCGAAGGCGAAAGCAUUCGCGUGUCGUUGCCCUAUAACUUUUGCAAUUUCAGAUUCGAUGGCAAAAGCGUUCAAGAAGUGAUCAAAGCUUACGCCAGUGAAUGCAAUAACGAAGUGAAAUUCUCCGGUGGCAAACUGGUGUUGUCCCCGAAUAAAGUCAGCUCAUUGUUUUACGAUGCACUGGAACAAAUUAAUGACCAUGUCCAGUCGUUAUUGGACUCGUCUAAAAUGAAAGAUACCAAGUAUAUAUUUCUAGUGGGCGGUUUUGCUGAAUCCGUCCGGCUUCAGCGUUCCGUGAAAGAGAAGUUCGGUGAACGCGUCACGGUGCUUAUACCGGAAGAAGCCAGUUUAGCCGUCGUGCGCGGCGCUGUGGCCUUUGGUCACGAUCCGAGCACAAUCUGUAAGAGAAUUUGUCGAUUUACAUACGGAGUUGGAUCAUAUCUUCCUUUCGAAGAAGGCUAUCAUCGGGAAGAUUUGAAAGUUGUCUCCGAGGAUUUGGUUCUUUGCAAGAAUAUCUUCCAGAUCUGGGCCAGAGUCGGUGAGGUGAUAGGUGCUAAUGAAAUCUGGCGGGAAACCUACACGCCGAUUAUCACCAACCAGAAAGGAAUUAUGUUCGAGUUUUUUAAGACUACAAAACGCAAUGUAAAAUAUGUAGACGAAGAAAAUGUUGAGAAAUGUGGUUGUCUUGUGGUCGGAAUGCCGGAUCUGACCGGUGACAAAAACCGUGCAGUUGACCUGGAAGUGAUCUUUGGAGGCACGGAAAUUAAAGUUGUUGGAUAUGACCACACGAGUCACACGAGUCGAGAGACUCACAUUGAUUUUUUGUCGGAAAAAUAAAUUGAAAAAAAAAAAACAGACACAAAAAAAGAAAAACUCAGAAAUAAAAAAAAAUGGGAUGG